AUGGUGAUGGUGAUGGUGAUGAUGAUUACUCCCGUAGACUGUUUAAGAAGACUCUGCUCCUGGUCAGGUGAUACAUUGGUACCCAGGUGGGUGCGACUAAUAAUCACCUUAAUUCCGAGUCAUUCCCGUCAAAGACCCUGUACGUACUCUAGGACUGCCGGCUCAAAUGCCGAUUUCCCCGGAACCCUGUAUGUAGAUUAUAUCUCGGCCUUUCUGCUUCUGUCAAACAAAAGACAAUAUUAUCAAGAAUUAUCAUUGACUGAUACGUCGAACGCAAUCACUCCGAGCAUGACCUCGAUCGCAUAUUUGAAAACUAACCCCUUAUCUAUCCCAUUCAUUCAGCACGACGUUAUCAUUGUAGGCAGUGCAGAUAGUGAAGUUGGGGGAGUCCUCCCUGUUGGCGCUUAA